AUCCACAUUACAUGACUUUUGCUUAAUAAGAGCCGAGUCGAUCUUCAGACAAAACAACAAUGGGGUUUUGAGAAUUGUCCGAAAGACGCAAAAAAAACGUGUUUACCGUGAAAGGAUCUAUUUGAACCCAAUUUGAUUUGCUUUUUGUGUCUUUUCACGAUAAUUAUGGGAAAAGGCGCAAUCAAAGAAGAAGAAAGCGAAAGGAAGAGACAAACAUGGCGAUGGCCUUUGGCGGCUUUGGUCGUUGUCUUACUAGCAGUUGCCGUCAGCUCUCGAACCGCUUCUAAUGUCGGUUCCUUCUUCACCGAUCGUAAUUCUUGCAGCUGCUCACUUCAGGGAAGUGGUAAAUACAAAGGCAUGGUUGAGGACUGUUGCUGUGACUACGAAACAGUGGACAAUCUCAACAGUGAGGUUUUGAAUCCUCUGCUUCAAGAUCUCGUCGCUACUCCCUUCUUCCGUUACUUCAAGGUCAAACUGUGGUGUGACUGCCCGUUCUGGCCAGACGAUGGGAUGUGUCGUUUACGUGAUUGCAGCGUCUGCGAAUGUCCAGAGAAUGAGUUCCCUGAACCUUUCAAAAGACCCUAUAACAUCGCAGGUCUUCCUUCAGAUAAUUUGAUUUGUCAAGAGGGGAAACCCCAAGCUGCUGUGGACCGUACUAUAGAUAACAUAGCGUUCAGAGGUUGGGUGGAGACUAAUAAUCCAUGGACGCAUGAGGAUGACACAGAUAACGGUGAGAUGACUUAUGUAAAUCUUCAGCUAAACCCUGAGAGGUUUACUGGUUACACUGGACCUUCUGCUAGAAGGAUUUGGGACUCUAUUUACUCAGAGAACUGCCCAAAAUAUUCAUCUGGAGAGACAUGUCCAGAGAAGAAGGUUUUGUACAAAUUGAUAUCAGGUCUUCAUUCUUCAAUCUCCAUGCACAUAGCUGGUGAUUAUCUUCUUGACGAGUCACGCAACCAGUGGGGACAGAACAUCGAGCUGAUGUAUGAUCGUAUCCUGAGACAUCCGGACCGUGUCAGAAACAUGUACUUCACGUAUCUAUUUGUCCUACGUGCUGUAACUAAAGCAACAGAGUACUUGGAGCAAGCAGAGUAUGACACAGGGAACCAUGCGGAAGAUCUGAAAACACAGUCAUUGAUUAAACAACUGUUGUACAGUCCUAAACUCCAAACAGCGUGUCCUGUUCCGUUUGAUGAAGCUAAGCUCUGGCAAGGUCAAGGUGGACCUGAACUGAAACAGCAGAUUCAGAAACAAUUCAGGAACAUAAGUGCACUGAUGGAUUGUGUAGGUUGUGAAAAGUGUCGGCUUUGGGGGAAGCUUCAGGUUCAGGGUCUAGGGACAGCGUUGAAGAUCCUCUUCUCUGUUGGAAAUCAAGACAAGGAGGGUGACCAAACACUGCAACUGCAACGUAAUGAGGUGAUUGCACUGGUGAACUUGCUCAACCGUCUCUCUGAGUCGGUUAAAAUGGUUCACGAUAUGGGACCAGACGUGGAGAGGCUAAUGGAGGAUCAGAUAGCUAAGACAUCAGCUAAACCUGGUAGAUUAAGAAGAGUUUUGGAUUUAGCUUUCUCCUUCUGGUGAAAUAAUCAUUGAGCUGUCCAGCUUUUAGGCAUUCAUGCUGAAUCAAAUGGAUAGUCAUCGUUGUAACAAAAUUAAAGAAAAAAAAAGAAUAUCAUUAUACAAACUCAGCCAAAAGAUUUUGAUAAAGUUAUAAAACAGAAGAAAAAUAGAGACU